UGUAAGUAUUGGGAGUCAUCUCAGAAGUGAACCCCACGGCUGGUUGCCACUGCACAAACAUUGGAUGAAAACUGUCACAUGAGCCAUUUCCUCUCUUUCUGGGGCAUUGUAAGAUCUUCAAACCCCAUUUCCUCAACAGCGUCACGACUGAUAGUACAAUACUGCCACAGGCAACUGAUACACAUGUUUACCUGACUUCAGUCUUGACCUCCUCCGUGUUCAUAUUCGUGAUGAGAGGCAGUUCCCAUCCAGAUAUGUUGAAUUCUAGCAACAAUGUGACUGGCCUAGACGACGCCACCCUGUCCCUGUUUAAGAAUGUAAAUACAAGUAUGAUCAUUUCUGUCAUCUACAUGGUUGUCACUGCCAUUAACCUGAUAGGAAAUGGCCUUUCUAUGUGGCUUCUCCUGUUCCGUACUUCUCCAAAAUCACCCUCCAUCAUCUUCAUGAUCAACCUCACCCUCACCGACUUGGCUCUCGGCACUGCGCUGCCCUUCCAGAUUGCCUACCAGCUCCAAGGAUACAACUGGACCCUGGGACCUAGAACAUGCAGUUUCCUGACCCUGGUCUUCUACACCAAUAUGUACUGCUCCGUCCUGACCAUGAUGGCCAUUGGUAUUGACCGAUACCUGGGCAUUGUCCGGCCCAUGCUGUUCAGGGAAACCAGAGAGAGGAAGUUCGUUGCCGUUAUCAGCUGCCUCCUCAUGUGGGGUUUGGUCUUGAGUGUCCUGCACCCAAUGAUGACCACAGAUCUAACCUUUCACGUUCCUGAACUUGGUAUUACCACAUGCUUUGACGUGCUGAAGAAGAAUAUGCUUCCAUCCCAAGCAGCCUGGGCGGCCUUCCUCUUUAGCAAUGUGUUUUUCCUCUUCUUCUUCCCUUUCUGUGUCACAACAUUCUGCUACGUCAGAGUCAUAAAAAAACUGGCCAAGGAUUCCAAGACAGCUCAGAAACACAGAGCAAUACGUCUGGCCUUCAUUGUUCUCCUGGUCUUCACACUCUGCUUUGCACCCAACAACAUCCUUCUCUUAGCUCACUCAGUGCUGAGACUCUACUAUGACAAGUCUCUCUACAUGGCCUACAAACUGUCUCUCUGUUUCAGCUGUCUGAACAGUUGCCUUGAUCCGUUCAUUUACUACUUUGCUUCCAAGGAUUUCAGACAAAAACUGAGAGAGAUAAUGAAUUUGCGCAGCCUGAGUAGUGCAGACUCAAAGCUGGAGCAUAGAGAGAGUCUGUACUCAACCCGCUGUGCCAUCGAAGGUCAGGACAGACAACACAGCAAGGUGGCUUUGAUGCCACAUCCCACCACCGCUCACAGCUUAGUGAAUGAAAUGACAGAGUGAGAAACAACAUGGAAGGUGUGAAGAGACUGUAAAGAUGGAUGUUUGACAACUUGUAAAUCAUCAUUUAUAUUGCAAAAACAUUUAUUGUAUGCUUUUGGUUAAUUAUUAUACUUAAUAAAGUCUUUUUGUAUAUUUGGAUUUGUAUAUUUCA